CUUAUAUGGUUUGUGCUUUUCUGUAUCCUGAGCAAUUUCAGACAGAUGGGCCUUGUUUUCCAUCUGUUCUUAACAGUGAUUGCACAUUAAUUUAUUUCUUUCAAAAUACAGACCUGGUUAUGAGUGUCUGUCCUUUGGAAUUACUGGAAUUUGAGUGCCUGUCCUUUGGAAAUAGUGGAAUUCUCACUGGGGUUUCCUCUCAGGUCCAUGUGAAAAGCCAGUGCCGAAACAAUCUGCCACAAAGGCAGCACGCCAUCCCAAACUCAGCACCCCAGUGCCUGGGCACCCCCAUCCAACAGUUCACAUUGCCCCCUGCUUAUCCCUAAAUGAAAUUUGAUAGAUUUAACCUGGGACACCCAAAAUAGUUUGGGAUGUGAUUAUCAGAGAGGCCACUCCCUGUGUGAUACUGCUGAAGAUGGCAGCAAUUGGCUGUCUUAAAGCUCACAGCUCUUUCCUUUAAAAGACGGGGUUGUGGUGGCAGAUGAUUCUCCCUGCAUCGUCCUCAGUCCUGUGGUCUGGUACAGUAAGAGUCUUCUCUUCAGUCUUCAGAGGAGAGGUAUGAAAAUAAAUGUGUUGUGAUUAGUUUUUAUUGAGGAGGGGCUUUGUUGGGCAGAGAUAGAUGUAGCUAAAUCUGGUUAAAUGUUGAGAUUUUAUGAUCUGAGCACUAUGCCUAUGUUAAAUACACAUUUCCUUCCAGUGCUUUGUUUUUGUUCUAUACAUGGACUGUGUAUCUUUCACCUUUGGAUUCCACACAUGAAGAGUGUUUCUUUCAUCUCUCAAUAAAAGUCAGUUAAAAUUAAAAAGAAAAUACUAUCAUACUAAAAGGCAAAGGUGUUCUGUGGGAUUGCUUGAACUCUUAUAAAAAAUUAAGUCAAUGUUAUAAUUUUGCAGUCUGCUUAAACUGUUAUCAUAACAAAAUAUUUUAGAGGUUUGAAGUGUAUUAUUACUUCUGGUAAUGAAACAGCAAAUAAGCAAAACCAAACAUCUGUUGGACCAUGGAGUUUGCACAGAGAGUUUCUGGAUAAAACUUAAAGCAUUUAUUAACAUGUGGUCUAGGGAAUAUGAAAACAUUGUCUGCUGGCACCAAAUCAUUUUCUUUUGUUGACUGUCAGAAGGGAACAUAAGGCAUAUCUCAAAAUUGUGACUAAGAUCUUAAUAAGUAGCUCCAAAAGUGUGGGUAUCUGUGCCUGUAAUUAAGUGAGCUAAUCAGGUUUUCCAAAGUGCUAAGAUGCAGUGAUGUCUGCUGAAUCACCAAGAGGCACUGAGAGCAUUACAUAUUUUGCGAAAAAAAAGGCUACUUAUUUCGCCAGCUAGAGGUGGGAGUGGAAAUGACAGCCUAAAAAUUCAAUGUCACGUCGCUUUCGACAGGGUUUGUCUGGAUGGAUGUAUCCCAAGUGCUUUCCCCAGUCUCUGUGGCAGUGAAUAGGCUGACUUUUCUCCUCUACCCCAUGGAGCUCUAUUUUUGAAACAGUCUGUGCAGAAUGGGUCCUCUCUUCCAUGGUUGCUGAGCUUUCCACUUUCUCCACUCUAGAGGGAAAGCUGCUGUCUAGGGUGGAGGGGAAGGGAGUACAACCACCAAGUGACAUAGCAUGAACUUUGCUAUAAUUAUAAAUAUUUAUUAACAGGUCCUGUAAAAAAUGAGGAAGAUGCUGAAGAUUUGCUGUUCUCUCCUUCUCUUAAGUUUGCUCAGUGGGCAAUUCAAUGCCAACCCUGGACUCAAAGUGAGGAUCACCCAGAAGGGCUUGGAGUAUGCCAAGGAGGUUGGGCUGGAAAUCCUGAAGCAGAACAUGGAAAAGGAGCGUUUCCCUGAUUUGACUGGCCAUGAGAAAUUUGGGCUUGGUAAUGUCAAAUACAACAUCUCUGGAAUACAUGUCACUGCUGUUGAAUUACCCAGUGCUUCCAUCGCCCUUCUACCUGGGUCUGGGAUAAAACUGGUGAUAGGAAAUGCUUCUCUAACCAUCGACAUGAACUGGAACAUAAGGACCUGGAUGUUCAAAGACAGCGGAAGAAGCACAGUGCACAUUUCAAAGGUGUUUGUCACUGCAAUCUUUUCAACACCCCAGGACAAUACAAGUCCUACAUCAAUAUCCCUUACCAGCUGCCGGACAACUUCUGGUGACAUAGAUAUCAAGCUGAAUGGAAAAAGCGGCUUCCUGCAUAACUUCUUUAUCAAGUAUCUGAAGAAACCUAUUCACAGGAGCUUGGUCACUAAUUCAUGUCCCAACAUCAGAGCUGGGAUCCAUUUGAUAGAUGAAGACCUCCGAUCGCUGAAUGUUGUAAUGCCAAUUGAUGAUUUGGCUGAAGUAGACUACUCCUUAAGUAGCUUGCCAGCAGUAUUCCAACCAUUCAUUGACCUGGACUUAAAGGGCACAGUCUUCCCAGCUGGAAACUAUACUGGCUCUCCCUAUGUGGUAGCUCCCUUUGCUGUCACAGACCAAAGAGACUCCAUGCUCUUCCUGGCCUUCUCUGAGUAUUUUUUUCAGACCUCUUCAUUUGCUUACUACACCGCAGGGGCCUUCAACAUGACCAUUGCAGAGGAGACCUGCAGCUAUUUUAAUAUAAGCACAGAGAUAUUUGGCAGUAUCAUCCCUGAGGUCGCCAAAUACUCGGUUACACCCUAUCCAGUAAUGUUGAAGCUAAUGGCUACUGAAAUACCUGUUAUCAGCUUAGAGCAGGAUUCCUUCACAGUAGAGAUUCAGGGCUCUAUGGAGGUGUUGGCUGUUCUGCCAGACUCAACCACCCAGUCGCUGUUCACAGUGAACGUAGCAGCCAACAGCAGCAUUUCUCUGAAUAUAUUUGAUCAGAAAUUGAUGGGCUCACUAUGUUUGAACAGGCUCCAGUUCUCCCUAGCCCACUCCAAUGUUGGCUUUUUUGAGAUCUCGCUUCUGGAGAACAUCCUGUCUUACAUUUUACAGACUGAAGUAAUUCCAUCAGCUAAUGCCAAACUCUCAAAAGGAUUUCCUCUUCCCAAUCUGGCCAAUGUUACCUUGACGAGACCUCACAUUACAAUUGCACAGGGAUACAUAUUGAUUUCAACUGAUGUCCACUACAAACACUAAAGGACAAGAGAGACCAUUUGUUAAGCAUGAACUUCAAAUCAAGUCAAUAAUGUGACUCUGAAGACUAAACAAUGUCCACUUCUGCUGAAAUGUGUAACUUGAGCUCUGACAAGGGCAAUGUCAUCCUGCCUGGGGGCAAGGGGGAUACCAGGAAGCAAAAAAACCUGAUGGAAUGGUAUAAUGGUGGUAACAAACAUAGCCAAGGGAGAACAUGAGACACAUGCUUGACAUUAUUUAUUCUGAUGUUUAAUUGAUGCAAAAAUGUUUUUAAGAUUCAUUACUCUCUUGAAAUACAGUUUUGUCUACACACUUGGAGAAAAGUGCUGCAGUCUCUUAAAAGAAGGAAAAGUACAUUGUCAAAAUGCUGCUAAGGCAGAUAUGGCUGCUAAUCUGUCUUUAUGGUAAUGAUCUUAAACACAUCCCUUCUGUUCGUGGUGCAUGAAAUAUAGAGUGAGCCCUCUCCAGAACCAUGGAGUUGUCAUACUGGGAUCUGUCCCAAUUACAACAGGAACUAAAAUCUUUGCAGUUUCUUAACUGCAAUCUUAAGAUGCAGAAGUAGUUCAGGAAGAAAGACUACUACUGCCUUUGAUAGUCCUGCUCUCUCUGUGACUCUUCAAAUCCUUGUGCCUGUCAUGUGCCCACUUUAGCGCUGCAUGGCCAGGUUAGAUACAUUUAACUCCUCCAGUGUUUCUGGGUAGGUCCUGUAAGUCUAAUUCUCCAACAUCUUGGUCAGUAUUUCUCUGAAUUGAAAUAGUUACAAAUACUUUUUUUCUUACUUCAUUUUGGUGUGUUAUCUUACUCUCUUUCUUCUUCGUCCU